AUGUUUAAAUCUAGUUUUGUUAACGGUAAAGGUAUUAUCAAUAUGCAAGAUCGAUAUUAUAAAUUAAGGUGAUAUAUAAACGUAUAUACGUAGAAUUUACUAUUCGUUUGUCUUCCAGGAAGGAAAUUAGAAACAAAUAUGUGCGAUGUUUAAACGAAUUUGUUUACAAGUAACUAGGGAAGUAAAUUGUGACUUUUCAAAAACAAAACGGAAUUCAAACGUUUUUACAAGUUGAUAAUAUAUUUGAAAUCUGGUAAAAGUAAGAACAAGUAUGAGUAGCAGACAGGCUAAGAAGACCAAAGAUCCUAAACCGGAUAUAAAAAAUAAAUCCAGUACACCAUCCGGUAAAGGGAAACAAUUAAGCCAAAAGGAAAUAGAGCAGCUACAAAAUGAGAAUAAAAAAUUGAAGGAAACGAUAGUUAUGUAUCGUAACAACCUAGACCCUGUCAAGAUUAGAAAAGAGUUAGACUUAGCGGACCAAUCAACGAUCAACAUUCUUACGGAUGAAAAUUUAAGGUUGAUUGAAGAACUUCAAAAAUAUACAUCAAGGGAUACUAUAGAGAGUCCGUCGGCAGAGAAAGCAACGGAUACAAAGAAACAGUCGAACGUCGACAGAGGCGAUGAAAAUAAAAAAGAGUCUCAGCAAAAACAGACAGAAAUGGAAAUUAUAAGACUACAAAAUGACAAUACUGAACUAAAGAAAAGAGUGUCUGAGGCCGACAAACACAUUGAAGAUUUACAAAACAAAAUCAGUCUUGUUAACUCUGAAGCGGAAAAGCAGCUUAAACUCAAAGGGCAACAAGUAGAACAAAAUGCGAAUCAUAAAGCUGAUAAAAGGCCAAACCAUGAUGAGGUAUUGCAACAGAAAGCCUCUGAGAUAGAUGCAUUGCAGGAAAAAGUUGAAAAACUUAGUAGUGAACUGAAAGAAUUCGAAGACAUUAAAAUACAGCUACAAAAUGCCAAAAAAAGUGUGGAAGAAAAGGAGAAACAAAUUCAAGAAAUGAUAAAAGAGAAAGAAGACAUUAAAACUGAGAAAAAUAAGCUAGAAAAUGAAUGUGAAAGUAUCAGGGAACAACUUAAAAUAAGCGAAAGACAGUUAAAAGACUUGAAACAGAAUUCAUCAAAUUCAGAUGAAAGCUCAAAAUCGCAGCAGGCAGAUGAAAUAAAGCAAAAACUUAAAGAAAUUAAUGAACUUAAGAAUAAUCUUACCGAAGCUCAAAGUAAAAAUGAAAAUCUGAAGGCAGAAAAAGAUAAUCUCGAUGAUAAACUUCGUCAAUUAGCGGAUCAAGUCACAGCAAAGGAACAUGAAAUUAAUAAGCUGAAAGAGGAACAGGAGAAAAUGAUUAAACGCAAGGAAGAAAAACUUCGACAAUCAGCGGAACAAGUCACAGCAAAAGAACAUGAAAUUAAUAAGCUAAAAGAGGAACACGAGAAAAUGAUUAAACGCAAGGAAGAAACCAUUCAAAAAUUGCAAACAGAAAAGAAGGUGGAUCAACCAAAGAAUAGCGGCAAGAGAAAUGAAGGAUCAAACAGCCUAGAGGAGAAGUUAAGAAGCGCCCAAGACGAAAUUGAUGAACUGAAAAACAGAUUGAGCAAGGUUGUUGGUGCUAACAUAAUGAACGACAAUCCAAAUAUAACAGACCUAAGUGAUGAAAACAGACCAACAAAAUUGUCGGAGAAAUUUUCCGAGCUUUAUGACAAUGAAUGGACCGAUGCAUACGAAGAAGCAGAAAAUGAAUUCAGAAAUGAAGAAAAGGGAAUUGCUCAUCUUUAUAAGACGUUACUGGAUGUUUUUGAUUUUUGUAAGAAGAAAUCUGAGGAACAUGCAAAACACAUACGUGACAGUGUCACGACUCUACCGAACGCACCAAAAAUGAGACCUAAAUCUGCCGCGAUCGGUGUAACUAACCAACGCCAGCUAAAGGAAGUAAGAAAGAGUUUUGCCCCAAUGCUUAUUGAAAGUGUAUUUCAGACUUACGUGAGUGAAAAGAAACUGAAUUUUACGAAAAAGGAGAACACGGGGAAGUUUAUCAAGAAGUGUGUUGAAAUAUGUUGGCUGAUGAAUUCCCAGGAUCCACCGGUCAUUCUUGAAACAUCUGUCGUAGAUGGGAAAUCUUUUGAUGCUGACAAAUUCAAGACGUACACAAAAACUGGCAAACUGGUUGACUAUGUCGUAUGGCCGCCAAUGCUGUUACAUAAAGGAGGACCCAUGCUUUGCAAAGGCGUAGCUCAAGGAAAAUGAUUAAAAUAAUUAAACCUGAAAAGCUUUUAUCGUUUCGGUAUAUUUGGCAGCUUCAAUCACACUAGGUUUUUACUACGUAUAUAGCUGUAAUGAAAUCGUUUUUAACCUAUUUUUUUAACCAAUGAAAUUGUAAGGUACAAAAAAGAGCUGAUUAAAGAUUUAUACAAUUCGUUUCAAAUGGAAAUGAUUAUAGUGCAACAGUAUUGAAAUGUAAGGACAA